AUGGCAUCCACGGGCAUGCAGAUAUUUGGAUUUGUCCUGGCGCUGCUGGGCAUCAUGGGUGCCAUGGUGGCCACUCUGCUGCCCAACUGGAAGGUCAGUGCAGAUGUGGGCUCCAACAUCAUCACAGCAAUCUCCCAGAUGCAGGGACUGUGGAUGGACUGCACAUGGUACAGCACGGGCAUGUUCAGCUGCACACUCAAGUAUUCGGUGCUUUCUUUACCUGCGUACUUGCAGACUGCUCGCACCACCAUGGUGCUGUGCUGCGUGCUGGCUGCCAUGGGCCUCUGCCUUGCAUCCCUGGGACUAAAAUGCACUCGCUGGGGAGGUGGACGGCGCUCUAAGCGGCAUGCUGCGAUUGCUAGUGGUGGCUGCUUUGUCGCUGCAGGCUUUCUGUGUCUGGUGCCUGCUUCUUGGUUUACCAACGAGGUCAUCACCAACUUCCUGGACUCCAGCGUGCCCGAGAGCAAUAAGUUUGAGCCUGGGGGUGCAGUGUACGUGGCCUUCGUUUCAGCAGGUUUUCUCUUUGUGGGAGGGUCCAUCUUCUGUAUGUCCUGCUCGGGGAAGAGGCAUGGCCCCCAGGACCUGGUCCUGCUCCCUCCACCCGACAAAUUGCUGCUCCAGCAGCAGCAGCAACAGCUGCUUCAGCAGCAGCAGGAGCUCCAGCACCAGUACUGCUCUCUCUCCCCAUUAGACAAUAAGACUGGCUAUAGCCUGCAGGACUAUGUGUAAUAAAACAGCGCUGUGUACGCUACGGCUAAAGGAAGACGAGCCUGAGGGGAAACCAUCACAGCUUAUCCUACACACUAGGCUCCACUCCAGAUGGAGGUGGAGAAAAAAUGAGAGAGGAGGGCAACAACUUUGAAUUCAUUUUCCCUUCUCCUCUAUCUUGCUCUUCUCCCUUUUUUCUGUUUUGCAAGCACAAGCAGUGGAGGUAUUCCCUGAGCAGCGCCUUGGAACAAACAGUGUGAAUGUGUAAGGAGAGCCAGGAUAAGGUGCUGCAGAAUCGAAGGAAGCCGCUAACCAAAUGCAGACAUCCUUCAUCAGUAAAUCACAGAAAGAGUUCCCCGGGGAAUGGAUUAAGCAAAUAAGGAAGCCUACCGUGUAGAUUUUUUUUUUUUCCUCACCAAAGGUUGGAAUUGAAAGAGAAAAGCAAUCAUUUAGCUGCUAUUUACAAUCGUUCGGUACACUCCCAUUUGACAAAAUAGGCAAUAUAACGCCCGAGAGCAGUAGGUGAAAACGUUUUCAUAGCAAGCCACUGUAGUUUUUCGUAUACUUAUCCACUAGAAUGCUACGUGGAAUUGAUUGAAAUAAAUGGUCAUAUUUUUGUUAGCUACUAGAAUGAUGUUGAUAUUUUGCCUCUAAAGCAUGCUGUGUGGAGCCUGUCUGUGUAUUAAUACAGCGGAAUGCCUGGUAGAAGACUGAGACAUAGCCACACAAUGCCUGUGCCUGAAAAGCUGUAGAAACAUUACCCUGCUGUAACUGUUCAAAGAGGACUGUCAGGAGGAGGAGAUGUGGGCUGCUGGGCUGGAUUUAAGAAAGAAAAUGCAGACAAACAGAUGCCUGCGUCUCUCCCAGCAGGUGGAAAUACGAGAGAGAUGGAGAGAAAUUGGCAGGAAGAGAUUCAUUGCUUCAGUAGAGUGGACUAUCUGAUACGCUGUUCUCACAUUUCCAUCCAAACAAAACAAAACAAAAAAAAAACAACAACCUUCCAGUAAGUAGCAGCUACUCGUCCUGAUCCAUUCCAGACAUGCACUCCCACCCACCCAACCACCCACUUCCACAUGUGUGUCUCCAUGUACACAGUAAACACUCAGACACGCCGGCUUUUUUGCAUGUGCUUUUCUCUCCUGUCAUCCGCCUCCACACUGCCAUGGAAACGGUAUUCAGCAUUCAAAUGUCUUUAUUGUCUGGAGGUAUGUGCAUGUCAGUCAGCGAAGUUGUUUGAGGGAGGAGGCAUCUUUUUCUCUCGCCAUAAGCUUUAAUCAGAGCCUCUGCUCACACUACUUUCACUAAUCCCCUUUAUUAGCCGGUGACAUGAGGCAGCACGCCUGGUCUGAGGUUUAGGAGAAUGCUCUUCUCUGGUGUUUACGCCAUGCAAGUAGCCUCGCAGGGGUGAACAGAUGUUUAAUGGUGCAGUGGCGAGGAUGCAAAAAAAAAAAGGAGAAGCUUCUUGAGUCAUGGUUGACUGGAUGUCUGUGUGGCAGGCAGCUAAAAAAGGUUUGACUCAUUCUCCAUAUGUGACUUGUUUUCCAAGUGCGUCAGCAGUGCGCAUAUGCUACCAGUCCGCACCUGCAGAAGGUCUCGGUGUCUUAAAUUGCAUCCACUUGACUGUGUCACCGUUCCUUUUUUUACCUACCCGUCACUCUCUUCUUUUUUUACUCAAUCCCCCCCUGUCCUGCUUGUGUCACAUGUCACACCGAUGUGGUUCCUGACAGGAGAACGCUGAUGCAUGUUGAAUGCGUGUCCUGCCGACGCGCACCGGGCGCACGAAAACAAAACUCCCUCCUACUCAUAUGUCACGGCUGUGCUUUCAGGGCUGUUUUGCGGAGUGUAUUGCCUCUUCUUUUCUGAGGGGAAGGAUAUGGGAGGAGUAUUGUUUUUGUGCUUGAGACAGGCCUUGGCAGUGAUCUAUAGAACCGCACAUUCUCUCCUUCUCUCUCAUAAACAUGCAGCUUCCUGGGGGAGAGCAGAUGGCUAAGCCCAGCUCGCCACCUGCAGGCUGCUGCCGGCACACCACGGGCAUCUCUGUGGGCACCGCUGCUGG